GACGGAGGAGAAGGCCCGGGACCCGGAGUUGAAACGAAGUCGGAACCAAAGGGAUCCGGCGGAUAACGGUCCGACGAAAAAGGGUCGGGCAAAAUGGUGUCAGGCGGAAAGGGUUCGGGCAGAAAGGGGUCGGGCGGGAAAGGGUCACGCGGAAAGCACAGAGCGUACACUACACGCGAGCGUAGGGGAACCGAGAGCCACUUCGAUGGCAGGCGAGACUCCGACAUGCGAGACGAGACCGCCAUGGUGUCUUGUCAAGUGCGAGUACAUUUGCACUUGUCUGCAAGGACUUUGUUUCCUGAAGACGAGGAGCGUGGCGAAGUCGGAAUACAUUCGCAGUUCCUGAGGUCCGCCACCAGUGCGCCUAACGCUACCGUACUGCGGGGCAAAGAAAUGGGGAGGUUUGGGUCCCCGCGUCUUGAGUUGGACACAGUGUUUCCCUGCUCUCCACCGUUCUCUCCUGCCCAGACUCGAGACUGCCCGUCUUCCAAAGUGCCGGAAGGGCCCGCUGUAGGAGUCUUGGAAACCGGGGAUAGCGAGUAUGCUUGGAGUGCUUCGGAGGGUGCGUCCUCCAAUCUUAGGGGCAAGAGUACAGCAGAUCCGGGGGAAGACGGGCUGCCACAGGAAGCGCAUGCCAUGCGCCGGGAAGAGGAAACUCCACAUUGGCCACCUCGCAGGGUGGUGGACGGUCUCAACGCAGGAGUGUUGGAGACCGAGGCCAGCGAUCAUCCAAGUCGUCCUCUGGAGGGUGCAUCCGUCGACUUGGAAAGCAAGAGUACAACACGUCCGGGGGAAGGGAAGCUGUCACAGGAGGCGCAUGCAGUGCAUCGGGAAGAGGAGACUCAACACUGGUCGCCUAACAAAGUGCAGGAGGGGCUCGGUGCAGGAGUGGUGGAGACCAACGAUGGAGAGCGUCAAUGUCAUGCUUCAGAGGCCGGUGAGGCUUCUGGAGAGAAACGAUCAAACGCGGGGGAAUCAGACGGCUCCGGAGGUAAAGGGUCCGGCGAAGAGGGUUCGGGCGGAAAGGGGUCGGGCGGCACUGGAAGCCACUGCGAAGGGAGUCCAGCUUCCGACACACAAGGCGACGCCGCCCUGCGGUCUUAUCAAGUGCGAGUAGAUUCGCACUUGUCUUCGAGGACUUUGUGUCGUGAUGUUGAGGACAACACCUUGCUCUUGCACCUCUUGGAAGAAGGUGAACGUCUUCAGAGCACAAUGACAUCUGUUGAGGGGCCCGCUGCAGGAGUUUUGAAGACAGGGGCUAGCGGGUGUGAAGGUCGUGCUUCGGAGGAGACGCAUGCUGUGCAGCGGGGUGAAGAGCUUCUCCAAGGCUCGUCGGCAAGUACCUUCAGCAUCAGAGACACCGACGUGGUUUUGCACACUAGGGCGCCACAGACCACGCAAGAGGGUGGCGUUGAGGGAUGUCAGCGGACGUCUGUGGAAGGCAAAGAGCGUGAGGAUUAGGAGGGUGAAGAAGAACCUGUGGUGGAAACUCGCUCUCACUACGAUGAGGAAGGCGAAGAAGCCGUGGGGGAAGCUCAACUUUUUGUCGAUGAGGUGUCGGCUCGGCUUCACGACGAUGACGAGGGCGACGAACCGGCAGGGAAACUCAACUUUUCCGCGCUGAGGUGCCGGUUUCCGUUCGGAUGGGUUCGGAGCGCGAAGGUCAUGAUUCUCCUUCCACCCGCUGCGGUGAGGAACAAGGUGAUCAAGCGACUGCCCUCAGUUCCGGUCAGGAGAUGGUGGUUCACGAAACCGUUCAGUUGGAUAGCGACUCAGCUGCCAUCGAGCUAGUUAACGACUCCGCGAACGUUGCGACAGUUGCGCGACAGAAGGCUGGUUCGCGUCGAAGGACUCCCGAACACGGUAAAAUUUUUGAACAGUAGCGCUCCCACGUUUGUGGUUGUUCAACUCUGUGGUCAUCCAGAUUCGAAUCAUGGUCUCAUGUGGCUAUUACCGCUUGUUGAAUAAACGCUUUGGGUUGUG